AUGCUGCCCAACGCCACUUCUCCGCGACAGGCGCCGUCCCCGCCGCACCCCGUGCCGGGCGCUUCCAGUGUGACGCGGCGGGACGCAGCCAGUGAGCGCGGAGCGCGCGCAACGGAAGGCGCGGGUGCGGCGGGCCGAGCGGAGCGCGGAGCCACCAUGACUGAAUACUUACCAGAAAUCGCCAUUGGCAACGAAGGACUCUUGGAUGAAUGUGAGAGUGUUUGGAAGCAGAUGGAAGAGUGUCAGACAAAGCUAAUGCUUCUCAGAACAGAAAUGCCGGUAAAAUCGCAUUCCCAGCUUUCCUUGUUAAUGAUGCAAGGGAAAGCUUUAGCAGCGGAAUGUAGUCAAUGGCAAAAAAGAAGUCCUGAAGUGGUUUCUACCGACUCAGAAGUACUGUUAGCAUUAGGAAAAGAAGAGUUGCAGAAAGUAAAGAAUGAACUUGAAAUGAUGCUGUCAACAGUUCAGUCAAAGACUAGAAAAUUGGACGAAGAUCUGAAAAGAGAACAGCAGUGGUAUGAUGAACAGAAGCAGAUACUAGAUGUUCUUAAUGAAAAGGAGUCAAAAACCCAAGAUGAACAACUUUCCAAAAAAAGUCUGAAUGCUAGAACAUUCUGUGAACUGCAAAAUAACAUCUUGAAGAUAAAGAUGUAUAAGGAAGAGCUCUUGAGUUCUCUGGGUGGAUUCCUAGAAGAACAUUUUCCCCAUCCAGAGAAAGGUGGAAGUGGUAAGAAGGAGGACUCUUCAGAAGACCCAGCUGUAAAACUGAUAACACUGCAUGAAAUUCUAGAGAUUCUUAUAAAUGAAGCAGUGACCACACCACAUGAACCCUAUGUAACAAUCAAUGAUUCAUUUUGGCCACCUUAUAUCGAGCUGCUGCUGCGAAGUGGAAUUGCCCUGAGACAUCCAGAAGAUCCAAACAGAAUGCGCCUAGAAGCUUUUCAUAUGUAGUGUGACCUGCAUGGUAAAGCACCAGUAACCAUCUUGUGAGACAAGAUGGUUUAUGUUAUAUGAGGUUUUUUUUAAUAUCAUCAAUCUCUUCUCAUUGGUUGAUUUUAUAUUUUGUCUUGGUUAGUAAAAUGUGUGUUUUUUGUGAAAUAUGAAAAAAGACAAAAAGCUAUACUUUUAACUUCUCGGUUACAUUUAGCUCCUGGUUGUAUGGCAACUGAUGCUUAUAUUUGCAUUGUGGUGGGCUUCUCAGCCACUUUAAUUUAAAGAUACAAAUGCAGGUAAUAGACAAAGUGAAGAUGUUUAGCAGUCCUUUUUAUUUUAAAAAGUAUACUUUAUACAUGGAUUUUCUUCUAUGUUAAUUUCUUAGAUUGUUUUAACUUGCCUAAAUUUCCUUUUUGCCUCUGCACUGCAGAGGCAUCACAGAGGCAAAACUUUCAACAACUC